GUCCAACGAAGUCUCGCGGCAAAUCUCCCUCUUUAGCACCCAAAUGCAAAAUCGAAUAUUCGGCGACGGAACCAUUGCAAUUCUGGAAUCGCUUCUAGCUUCCAAGGACGUCAAAUCGUCACUAGAAAUCCGAUCAGCUUUGAAAGAGUUUAUGAGACACGAAUCGCUCAGCAUUAUUCGAGAAAUCUCUGAGAAGUCCGUCGAGAAUAAGCUACUGAUCGCUGAUUUUCUCAUUCGUGCUUUCGCUCUCAUUGGUGACGUGGAGAGUUGCUUGGCCCUGAGAUAUGAGGCAUUGCUACUGCGAGAUGAAAAGGCAUCUAGUGACACAAGGCUAGAGGUUUCAUACCACGAGUGGCUCACAUUAGCAGAGCAAUUGUUUGAUAAUGGUUUUUAUUCCGCUGCAACAAAGACAUGUGAGAGAGCACUUUUAUGCAUUCAGAUGGACAACGGGAUUUGCACUGAAGAUGAUGACUGCUUUAAUUAUGAGCAUGCUUCUGAGAAUAUUAAGAGACUCAAGGAUGCUGCUAUCAUAUUAGCUGCUUCACAAACUGGUACAAACCGAGCCGGGCGCUUUCGUGUGCACUUUUUAACUCAGCUUGAUGAUGAUACAGUUCAGGUUCAGGCAACUGAAUACAUGAAAAAGAAAAUUAAUCAGCAGCUGAAACAACAAGAGUCCAUUUGCACUGAGACGUAUUCUUCAGGAAGCACUCUGUUCAGAAAUGGAAUUAAAAGACGGAAUUUACGAAAAUUGCAGGAACACCAAUGUCUAUAG